AUUCAGCACUUUCUUCCUCAGCAGAGUUUGGAAAGGUCAGAGAGAGUGCAUCUACUCGGCAGCUCUCUGACAACAAAGAUUAAAGAAGAUGGACUUUUAAAACCCCCCUUUUUCGUGUCCUGUGUAAUCUGGCGUAGCUAUUAUGCAGAAGUUGUUUUCUCAAACCUAAAUAAGUUAAAUUUAAGCCCCUAUCCGGGUUGCUGUUCGCUUGCUAACUUGGCUUUAGCCCUUUGUCGUCUUAAUCGCGCUUGACUGGAUCUAAUUCUCAACAAUCAUCCGACGACCCGAGUCCCUUCAGAAAUGGAUUGUGAUUUUUCUCCAGGCGACAUCAGCCCUGUAAAUGAUCCGUUCGGCGCAGGGCCCGAAUCAGUCCUCAGACCUCACCGACUCUACUUGCCGGAGAUCGGAGCGAGGGGCUCCCCCUGCAUGAAGAACCUAGCCUCCCCCGGACCCAUGGCAGUGCUGUCCCCCGUGACUAACCUGGCUCUAAACAUGAAUAAUCUCGCUGUUCUUGGAGGUCAAUGUGAGACACCAAAGCGGAAGAAAACCUUGCCCCUCCUGAAGAUCCCUUCCUUCGCCUCUGAUGCUUCUUCAGAUGCAGGUCUUGGACUAGAGUCUCCCAGCCCUUUGGACUCUUUGGAUGCUGAGCAGAAGUUUGAGAAGGCCAUGGAGGAUGCCACGCGAGCAGUUAACGAAAAAAUGCCCAUUCGCAGGAUACACUCUUUGCCGCUGCAGCUUUUGGGUCACAGUCCCAAUUUAAGGAAUAAAGAACCCGAUCCCUCGCGCUAUGGAGUGUGGACACGUGCAAAUGGCUGUGACAACAAAGAAAACCUGGCUGAGGAAAACUUUGAGUUCAAGAAGCCUUCCAUGCCUGCGUCUCGCUGUCGUACGCGGUCCACUGGAGGCACCAAGGAUGCUUUUGCCGGCCGACCCAACUCUGCUCCUGCUUUAAUGCUUUCCCCACCUUCAUCCCAUCAACCCGACUCUCCAGAAGAGAGCAGCCCCUUCAUAUUGCGCCGCCCCUCUCUCUCCUGUCUCCAUGAUGAUGACGAUGAUGGCUUCCUAGAAGGGCUGGAUGAUGUAGAGAAUGAUUCUGAGGUUCCUCUUGGAAUGGACAGUCUUCUCACAGCUCCUCUGGUGGCUAAACAGAGUACUGACAGUAAUUAUUCGCCGGUUGUUCGCUGCCGUCCACGUGGGUUGUUUCGCUCUCCCUCUAUGCCAAACCCUGUAGGACGUGUCCCACUAAAGAGACCUGAGAGGCCACUGGAUGAGAACACACCUGUCAGAGUGAAAAGGAGGCGGAGCCUGGCCGGGACGCAAGUUGCACCCACAGAACAGGAGGAUGUUAUGCCUCAUCAGGUUCAAAGGUCAAAGUCUUUUAAUCAUGCACAGAUUGAAAGAAUGUUGGAUUCAGAUCCCAGUAAUGUGAUUGGAGAUUUCACCAAGGCUCCUGCGUUACCCACGGUUGAAGGAAAACACCAAGAGUUAAAAUACAUCACUCCAGAAGUUAUGGUCAAAGCAAUGAAUGGACAGUACAGCGAUCUGGUGGAGAGGCUGUUUGUCAUCGACUGCCGCUAUCCUUAUGAGUAUGAGGGUGGCCAUAUUAAGGGUGCCCUUAACCUCCAUCAAGAGGAUCAAAUUGAAGACUACUUUUUAAAGCAUCCUGUUCUCCCAGAAUGUCCCGAGAAGCGUGUCCUGCUGGUUUUCCACUGUGAAUUUUCAUCUGAACGUGGCCCACGGAUGUGCCGCUACGUUCGACAAAGAGAUCGAUUUUUGAAUGAAUACCCCAACCUCCAUUACCCUGAACUUUAUAUCCUGAAGGGAGGCUACAAAGACUUUUUCCCGCUUCAUAAGUCGGUCUGUGAACCCCAGGCUUAUAGGCCGAUGCAUCAUGAAGACUUUAAAGAAGACCUGAGGAAGUUCCGCCUUAAGAGCCGCACCUGGGCUGGAGAACGAAGCAAGAGAGACAUGUACAGCCGUCUCAAAAACCUUUGAGACUCAUGCGCUCACAUUCCUUCAUUGUACUGCCUUAACUUGCUCAUAUGCUGCCCUCACACAUGAGACAUGGCAGAGACCUGAAGACGUGUGUUUGGUUGCCACAGUGGUUGGUUUUCAGGGUUUGGUAUUUAUUUUAUAUCACAAUGUCAAAUGAGGUUUAGAAGCUAUUAUAUAUCUUUGCCCAUUUGGUUUGAUCUUAUCACUUUUUAAACUGCCAUUUAUUUACCACCCUGAACUCCCGUUAGAAACACACAGCUACAUGUCACUGUCAUGUAUUAAACAUACAUGUUUUAACUAACACCGUUUUAACCCCCUCUUGUUGUUUUUUUUUUUUUUUUUAUUUUUUGUCCACUGACUAUUUGAACCUUUCCUCCCUCCCCUUGAGCACUUUUUUUUUGUUUUUUUUUUUGUUUGUUUUUUCCUUUUUUAAUUAUUGUGAUUGUGUGAUUUAUGGAUUCAUUCUGCCCCCUCUUUCACAUUUAGUCAGUUGCCCAAUAAUAAAGCUGUGAUUACAGUCUAGAACUGGUAUUAAACUUAUUGUAUAAUUUGGUUUAUGUAUUUUGAAUGUCACAAUUAUGCAAAUUCUCAGAUCACAAAUAAUGAUUUAAAUUUUUACCCAUAUAUUUUUAGAAAUGUGUAGAUCGUUGUGUUGACGAUUACCAUAUUGCUUUAAGUGUCCUGGUUUGAGUUUUUGGAAAUUGUGAGCAUUCAACAACUCUAUUUUAUUUUUUUCUUUUCUUUCUUUGAGGGGAGCUAGCAAUAUUUUUUUGGGUGUGUUUUGUUUUUGUUUUUUUUCCCCUCCCUCCUUCUCUUUCUCCCUCCUCACUUGGCUGACAGCUUUAACUCAGGGACAGGAUCCUGACUUUUGCUGCUGGUCAGCAAGUGAUGACCACAUCAAAGUUCACCCAAAUGUUCUGAAAAGACAUUUAGUUCUAUUUGUUUGUAAACCAGUGACAAUUGAGAGUACAAUUCUCACUUCCAUGCAAGUGUUUUGUAAAUUUUUAUCUUCCUGAGUGUGUUUUAUUGGUCAUGUGUGACUGAGAGGCUGGUUUAUGUAUACAUGAAUAAACUUGGAGUUUGGGGUAAUAA